UAUAGACUUAUACACACGAUCUCAAUCAAACAUAAUACUGAUUUUUUUACAUUUAUAAACACGAUCUCAAUCAAACAUAAUACUGAAUUUUUUAUAUUUAUAAACACGAUCUCAAUCAAACAUAAUACUGAUUUUUUUUCAUUUUUAAACACGAUCUCAAUCAAACAUAAUACUGAAUUUUUAUAG